CGGCCGGGCCGAGGGAGGGGACGGGAGCAGGGCCGAGGUGAUCGGGUCCUGACGGUGGGAGGUUGUCUCCGGUGCUUUGCCCCUGCUGUCUGUUCGCCGGACCGCGCGGGCACGGCAGCGCUCCGUGAGGGGAAAUGGCUCUGCUCUCCGAAGAGGCCAUGCAGUAGAUGUGGUGCUUAGUCAUGGCAUCAGAACUGUGUAAAACAAUCUCUGAGGCAAAGCUGGAAAGGCACAAGAAUUUGUUCUUAAAUUACCGAAAUCUCCAUCACUUCCCCCUGGAGUUACUGAAAGAUGAGGGGCUGCAGUACUUGGAGAGACUUUACAUGAAAAGAAAUUCCCUGACCACGUUGCCAGAAAACCUUGCACAGAAGCUUCCAAACCUCGUGGAAUUGUACCUUCAUUCAAAUAACAUAGUUGUUGUACCUGAAGCCAUUGGCUCCCUGGUUAAGCUGCAGUUUCUGGACCUGAGUGACAAUGCCCUGGAGAUCGUGUGCCCGGAGAUCGGCCGCCUGAGGUCCUUGCGGCACCUUCGCCUGGCCAACAACCAGCUGAAGUACUUACCUGCAGAGGUUGGAGACCUGCGGGAGCUGCAGACUCUGGACAUCUCCACCAACCGCCUGAUGACGUUACCCGAGAGGCUGCACAUGUGCCUUUCCCUGCAGUACCUGACUGCAGACAGGAACCACCUGUGGUCUGUGCCCCGCCACCUGUGCCAGCUGCCCAGCCUCAACGAGCUCUCCAUGGCUGGCAACCGCCUGGCGUUCCUGCCCCUCGAUUUAGGUCGUUCUCGAGAGCUCCAGUAUGUUUAUGUGGAUAACAACAUUCACCUGAAGGGCCUCCCAUCUUAUCUGUAUAAUAAAGUCAUUGGUUGCAGUGGUUGUGGUUCUCCAAUUCAAGUUUCAGAGGUGAAACUGCUCUCUUUUUCAUCAGGCCAGUUAACUGUGUUCCUGCCAGCAGAGGUGAAAUCUAUAGGGACAGAAACAGAUCAUGUCCUGCCUUUGCAAGAACUGGCCAUGAGGACCCUCUAUAACACCUACUACCGGUUUUUGAAAGAUUUAAACUUUCUGACUCCAAUCUCACUACCCAAAAGCCUCUUGGAGUUACUGCACUGUCCCUUGGGACACUGCCACCGCUGCAGCCAGCCUAUGUUUACCAUUGUCUACCCGAAGCUCUUUCCCUUGAGGGAAACUCCAAUGGCAGGAUUGCAUCAAGGGAGGACAACUGUUAGUUUUGUGGCAUACUGCUGCUCCACCCAGUGUCUGCAGACUUUUGACCUACUGAGUUGAUAAACAUUUCAACCUCCUCAGGAGUGCUGCCAGUGUAAAGCUGCGUUCGAUGCCGUGUCCCCCGUGGUACUGGAAUACUGUGUGUGCUUGUGCCAAAGCAGCAGAAGUGCCCAGUCAGGAACACUCUGAGGCACUUAAAUCCUGCCCUAUCAAAUCUGGAUGGACUGCAGGAACUUUUCAGAAGUGUAAAUACUGAGCUUUUAAAAGUAUUAAUUUCUUUCUCCUCCAAGGCAGCACACAAACCAAACACAUUCACAAGCUCUGACUUCAGGAUUUCCAGUAUUUUUCAAAUGUGCCUGAUUUCAGGUUGACCCAUUGCAUCAUUUGAGGCAGUAGCAUUCCUCUAACUGGAAAAAGAAAAGUUCAGUUAUGGCAAACAAAUUUUCACUUAUUCAUCCCUAUCUUCUUCCCCUGUACAGCUGCAAUCAGGUGUCUUGCUGUAAUCCUGCAGAAACCUUUGAUGGAUCCCAGUGACUUUUCCAUAGAAUUCAGCCUUACUUUGUCCCUCUCAUCUUAAUGUUUACUGCAGCAGAGUUAUCCCAGUUGUAUACCAAGUCUUUGACAGUUCUCUGUGGUAUUUAAAUCCACAUGCUAAAAGCAGAUCUUUCUUUCUAGUAUCAUUAAAUACCACAGUUAUUUAAUGGGAGUGACUAGGAUAUGUCUGGAGACUGAAGAUCCUGUUUCAGUGAAGGCUGGUACUGAUGCCUACACUAAGGGCUCUUGCUCCAGCAUGUUUGAGGGUGUGUUGUCUUUAUUUUCAUUGCUUUAUUUUUAGAAAUAGUUUUCCUUUUGUUCCAUGGAGUUCUUCAGGAAGAAGACAACUUUAAGUAUCAAUUUCCCUUGGAAAAAAUCCCACUAGUAAUAUGAUAGUAAACCUUUAUAUUUAUUGUAUUUUUACAGUUGCAGGCUAUAGAUCUUCAAAGAGCUGAUCUUUUUCUAGAUUCAGCAUUUGGCUAAUUUGUCCAAGUGUGUCAGUGGAUUGUGUGCCUUGGAGAAGGCUGGAAGUCCAGGAGCAGGUUGUAUCUCCAUGCACAGGUAUAUUUACAGACAUGGAUACCUGCACAGAAGGGCUGGGACAUUUGUUUUUAUACAUUAAUGGCAGAUCUGGUGCAAAUUGCCACUCACUGUCAUAUUUGUGGGAAUCUCUUUUUGUUACAUCUUGUUUAUUUUAAAUAAAGAACAAAGCAUGAAAAAAAGGCCCAAAA